GGCACAUAUGUGAUCGAAUGACUCCUUAGUUCGCUGACCCAAUCAGAUGCGGACCCGGUUUUCCCUGACACGGAUACUACGAGACCCCGAUCCGUUGACAGUGGCCCGCGAUUCAACCCCGCGCGAAUCGCUGUAGCAUCUCUCUCUACCAGAGCUUCGUCGAGAGCGAAAGGCCACAGGCACGGGCGAUCUGCAGCAAGAAGAAGAAGAAGAAGAAGAAGAAACUUCAAUUCCCAAGUGAUGCGAGGAUUGUCGGUUUUCGGAAGAGGAAGAGUGCUGUUGCUGUCAGGGAAGCGUCUAGAACCUUCUCUCAUCUUCUCCCAUACCUUCUGUACGGACGGCGACAACUCCCGCCUCAAGGUCUUCGACCGACAUCUCAAACGAAAACAACGGGACCGAGCCGCAUGGCUGAUGCCCUCCAAGGACACUUUCAUCGAUUCCGUCGCCGAAAACCUGUUAGAUCGCUUGGAGGAUUGCAAAAGAACAUUUCCUACAGCACUAUGUUUGGGGGGUUCCUUAGCAGCUGUUAGGCGUUUAUUACGUGGGCGUGGUGCUAUUCAAAAGCUCAUUAUGAUGGAUAUGUCAUAUGACAUGGUGAAAUUGUGUAAAGAUGCUGAGGCAGAUGUGUCUGAUAACAAUCUUGAAACGCAUUUUGUGGUUGGUGAUGAAGAAUUCCUCCCUAUAAAGGAAAGCUCUUUAGAUUUGGUAAUCAGUUGCUUGGGACUUCAUUGGACAAAUGAUCUUCCUGGAGCUAUGAUACAAUGUAGAUUGGCUCUGAAGCCUGAUGGCCUAUUUCUAGCAGCUAUUCUUGGUGGAGAGACUCUAAAGGAGCUACGGAUAGCAUGCACUAUAGCACAACUGGAGCGUGAGGGAGGCAUCAGUCCACGGAUAUCUCCUCUAGCACAAGUCAGGGAUGCAGGCAACCUUCUGACGAGGGCAGGCUUCACCCUUCCAGGCGUUGACGUUGAUGAGUAUACGGUCCGAUAUGAUAGCGCUUUGGAGCUGAUUGAACAUCUGCGGGCAAUGGGCGAAACUAAUGCUCUUUUUCAGAGAAACAAUUCAGAUUUUAAAGAAGGACACGGCUUUGGCGAGUGCCGCAGUGUACCAGUCAAUGUUUGAAGCGGAGGACGGUACUGUGCCAGCAACAUUUCAGGUAAUCUACAUGACAGGAUGGAGAGAGCAUUCAUCGCAACAAAAGGCGAAGAAGAGGGGUUCUGCCACCAUAUCAUUCAAGGACAUCGAGAAGCAAUUUGGGAGCAACGGCUAGCCUCGUCUCCAUCCUCUUUCGUGGGUUCUUCUCUUGCCAACAAGCAUCUGUAAUUCGGUAUAUGCAGAGGGAAUGCACCUUAUUUGUUUCCAAUCUUUUAAUCGAUUAUUUAAGAAUGCCUUAAACCAGUUUCAAACCAGAUUAUUGACAUAGGCUUUUGUAAUCUAUUAUCUUGAUGUAUUUCUCCAUUCCUUGCUUGUAUGGUCUAGCCGUAGCUCAUGAAUGUAGCAUUAUGUUACAACCUUGAAUUCAUAGGUUCCAUUUUGGUUUAUCCCUGAAAGUAAAAAGAAAAACGCAUGCAUGGAUAGUUUUCA